AUGUCUGAGAUUCGUAACGUCGUUAUCCUUGGGGCGACUGGGUUGGUGGGCAAAGAAAUUGUCAAGGCUCUUGUCGACGAUGGGUCCUUCCAAGUCACAAUUGUCAAACGUAUCGGCGGCAGUUCUUCUCACCCAUUCCCCGAGUCGAGUCGCCUGCGCGAGAUUGGCGAUAUCGACUACACUUCUGUCAGCUCACUGAAGAAGGCAUUCGCUGGCCAGCAUGCCGUCAUUGAGGCUCUCAAUCCCAGCGGCGUUGUGCACCAGGACAAGAUCGUUCAGGCGGCAGUUGAAACCGAGUCGGUACGGCACAUAAUCACACCUGAUUUCAGCGGCGACUAUCUCAAUGAGCAUAUCCAUGAGAUUCGCAUCUAUGAUAGCAAGGUGGAGGCGCAUCAUGUUACCAAGCGCCUGAUCCAGCAGCGAAAGUCCCUGCACUGGACCGCCAUCCUCACUGGAAGUUUCUUCGACUGGGCAAUCGACAAUGGCAUUUUCUGGGUCGACGCAAAGGCAAGACAAGUGACGAUUUUCGGUUCGGGUAACCAGAGCAAUGCUUUGGCAGCCCUUGACGUUGUCGGACGAGCCACGAUACGUGUUUUAAAGGACCCCGAUUCCUACCUAGAUCGACAGGCAUACUUUGCGGAUUAUUUGAUCAGCUGCAAUGAGCUCCUGAAGUUGCUCAAUGAGCUAGAAGACCAAACCUGGACGGCCAAACACGUCAGCUUGGAUGAUUUUUACGAGCAAGGUAAGAAGCUUUGGGACGAAGACACCGCCAAGGGAGUUGAGGAUCGACGUAGUACCACCGCAUAUAUCAUGCUGGGUACCUAUGGAUGCUUCCAUGAAGAAAACCGAUAUUCCACGGAUUACAGUGGUCGUGUUGAAUCGGGAUUUGGAUGGACUCGCGAUCAGUUCGCCCGUGAACUUCUCAAAGCGGUCAAAAGCGCGAGAAAAGAGUAG